AUGAUGGGCGAAGAUCUUGGAGUGGAAGCCAAGGAGGCUGCUGUACGUGAGGUUGCCAAGUUGUUACCACUUCCAGAGCUGUUGCUGUCGAUUGCCUCUAUCAAAGCUGAUUAUAUUUCACGGCAACAGGCUAAUGAUGCUCAGCUUAGUACAAUGGUAGCGGAGCAGGUUGAACAAGCACAAUCUGGCUUGGCCUCACUUUCCUCAUCUCAGACGACGAUAAACCAACUUCGUGAGAACUUUAUUGGCAUUGAGAGGCUUUGUCAAGAGUGUCAAACCUUAAUUGACAACCACGAUCAGAUAAAGCUCCUUAGCAAUGCGAGGAAUAACCUAAACAUGACCUUGAAGGAUGUCGAGGGUAUGAUGUCAAUAUCUGUUGAAGCAACAGAGGCACGAGAUUCGUUGAGUGAUGAUAGGGAACUUGUCAAUACUUAUGAGAGGUUAACAGCUCUCGACGGGAAGCGAAGGUUUGCAUUGGCGGCCGUAGAAUCUCAUACUGACGAGGUUGGAAAAUUAAGGGAAUAUUUUGAAGAUGUUGAUCAGAGUUGGGAGAACUUUGAGAAGACAUUAUGGGCCCAUGUAGCCAACUACUACAAGCUUGCAAAAGAAAGCCCACAAACGCUGGUUCGUGGUUUGAGGGUUGUUGAAAUGCAAGAAAUUCUAGAUCAACAAAUUGCGGAGGAGGCAGCUGAAGCUGAAGGAGCUGACGGGGUGACACCAGUUGCUAAUCCUCGUCGAUCAGCGAAAAAAACUACUGGUGCAGCAGCUGUGAAAAAUGUCACCCAACAGAAAGUAAAAUCUCAGGGAAAAGGUUAUAAGGAUAAAUGCUAUGAGGCAAUAGGGAAAGCGGUGGAGGAACGGUUUAACAGGCUGUUGACUGAGCUAGUAUUCCAGGAUCUGAAAGCUGCUUUAGAAGAAGCUCGAACGAUUGGAGAAGAGCUUGGAGACAUUUAUGACUUUGUGGCUCCUUGUUUUCCUCCAAGAUAUGAAAUAUUCCAACUCAUGGUGAAUCUGUAUACUGAGAGAUUUAUUCAGAUGCUCCGAUUGCUCAGUGACAGAGCCAAUGAACUCACAAAUAUAGAGAUUUUGAAGGUUACAGGUUGGGUGGUCGAAUACCAAGAUAAUCUGAUUGGACUUGGUGUCGAUGAAACCUUGGCACAAGUAUGUUCAGAGAGUGGUGCCAUGGAUCCCCUUAUGAAUUCUUAUGUUGAGAGAAUGCAAGCUACAACAAAGAAAUGGUACUUGAAUAUACUAGAAGCUGAUAAAGUACAGCCUCCAAAGAAAACAGAGGAUGGAAAGUUGUACACUCCAGCUGCUGUUGACUUGUUCAGGAUUCUUGGGGAGCAAGUUCAAAUUGUUAGGGACAAUAGCACUGAUGUCAUGCUUUAUAGAAUUUCUUUGGCUAUUAUUCAGGUAAUGAUAGAUUUUCAAGGAGCUGAAAAGAAAAGGCUCCAAGAACCAGCUUCUGACAUCGGUUUGGAACCUCUGUGUGCAAUGAUUAAUAACAAUCUGCGUUGCUACGACCUCGCAAUGGAACUUAGUACAAGCAUAAUUGAAGCACUUCCACAGAAUUAUGCUGAGCAGGUUAAUUUUGAAGAUACUUGUAAAGGCUUCUUGGAGGUCGCAAAGGAAGCAGUGCAUCAAACAGUUAAAGUGAUCUUUGAAGAUCCAGGGGUUGAAGAGUUGAUUGUCAAGCUUUAUCAGAAAGAUUGGUCAGAAGGACAGGUCACUGAAUACCUUGUUGCGACAUUUGGUGAUUACUUUGCAGACGUAAAAAUGUAUAUCGAGGAAAGAUCGUUUAGGAGAUUUGUGGAGGCUUGUGUGGAGGAGACAGUGGUGGUUUAUGUUGAUCAUCUUAUGAUGCAGAAAAACUACAUAAAAGAAGAGACCAUAGAGAGGAUGAGGCUUGAUGAAGAGGUGAUCAUGGACUUCUUCCGCGAGUAUGUUAGUGUCUCUAAAGUGGAGAACAGAGUGAGGAUAAUGAGUGACUUGAGAGAACUCGCUUCAGCGGAGAGCUUGGAUACUUUUACACUUGUGUACACAAAUAUUCUGGAACAUCAACCAGACUGCCCGCCUGACGUAGUGGAGAAGAUUGUUGCCUUGCGAGAGGGUAUACCUCGGAAGGAUGCCAAAGAGGUGGUGCAAGAAUGCAAAGAGAUAUACGAGAAUUCGCUCGUGGAUGGUAUCCCACCGAAAACAGGGUUCGUGUUCCCCAGGGUGAAAUCUUUAGCUGCUUCCAAAGGUUAUAUCUGGCGAAAGCUUACUUAA